AUGUCUUCACUUCGGAAUGCACUUCAACGACGCAAUCAUAAAGAACGAGCUCAACCGCGCUCCAGAGAGAAACAUGGAUUACUUGAAAAACAUAAAGAUUAUGUGCUUCGAGCACGAGACUACCAUGCAAAACAGGAGACAUUGAAGAAAAUGCGAGAGAAAGCAUAUUUUAAAAACCCCGAUGAAUUUUAUUUUAAGAUGAUAAAUAGUGCGACUAAGGGUGGUGUUCAUGUGGAACGUAAUUCAGCUUUUUCUGGAGAUGUCAUCAAAAUGUUAAAGUCACAAGAUUUGAAUUAUGUGAAAAUUCAACAUGACCUUGGAAAGAAGAAAAUAGAAAGAUUAAACAAUGAAUUGCACUUUAUCGAUAAUGACAUUAUUCAAGAUCCAAUGAGUUCUGAUAAAGAGGAAGAUGAAGAAAAACAUAAAUCUACAAAAUCGCGACACAUUAUAUUUGUUGAAACAAAGGAAGAAGCUAAGAAAUUUGACCCAGCCAAACACUUUGAUACACUGCCCGAAUUGAUUGGUCGGAAAUUUAAUAGACCUCGGAUAAAAACAUUAGAGAAUGAAAUUAUACCUGCGUCAGGAGAUGAAAUAAUACUUCGGAAAUUGCAUAAACAACGCUUAACAAAACACAAAGAACUUAGAGCUCGCUUAGAAAGACAGGAGCAAUUGAAAAAAGUGGAACAAGAGUUACAAAUUCAGAAAAACCUGACGGGUAAAGGUCGUCGAAAAAAAAUUGGGGUUGAUAAAAAUGGAUUGUCAAUAUAUAAAUGGAAAAACGAUCGUAAGAAGUAA